CCAGCAGCAGCAGAUCCAUCCGAAAGUCAAAAGUACGACCAUGUGACGCUCGUCACGUCAGUCUCUCGGUAACUGCGACGGCAAACGGACGCGUUCGGGAAACAAGAUCCUUUUCGAUUCGGUAGAACAACAGCAAUCGUGGCAUCAGCACCGUCCUGGCACAUUUCGGUUCUGCUAGUGCGCCCUGGCAUUAAAGAGCCCAUUCGUCGUAGGCUUUAAGUCGCGUGACGGUCGCGUUACGGCUGGCGCUGGAAUCACAUCGGAGCUGUACGGCUAGCAGACUACCGCAGUGUGCUGGUCUUCUUAUUGGAAUCGUAACGGUAGUGUUGUGUGUGCGCGCGUGUACUCCAAUGUAGCGAGAGUGUAUGGAUUCUCACGGUUGAAGAGAACGCGGAGAGAGAGAGAGAGACGGGCAGCUCAAACAGCAGACAAUCCAAGUGAGCUGCUGUGUGUGAAUGACAGCAACCGAGCUGGGUAGUGACCAAAAAAACAGUUUGUGAUUUUCUUCGUUUGUUUGAAGCGUUUUUCAGUGAAAGAACUGUUUAGUGUCCUUCCGCGGACAAUCGAUGACCUGACCGGUCCUCUAGUGACAACGGGUGCGGAUCGAAUUAUCGUGAAAUUUAAACUCAAUUGCGCUGGUAAAGUUUUACGUUUCUGUCGCGGUUCGGUUCCAUUGAUAACGACAACAACAAACACAGUGUGACGGCAAGGUGGAUCCAGCACAGGUGUCUAAUUAGAAACGUAACUUGUUUCCUUGAACCGGGAACUCUUGGCCGAAGGUCGUGGACAGCUUUUGCCGGUCGAAGUGUGUCGCUGGAAGUUGUAAUAUUCCGGUACCGAUGCGGUGCUUCACGGAAGAAGCACUUGCCUGCUGACAAGUGUUUGUUUACAAUUUUGAAUACUGUUGUGAAGGCCUAGAACAUCGGGAUAAAUCUCGCACAUCUGCAGUGAGUGUGUAACAGCUGGAACAUUGGAGGGCUGUCUGUCAUCAUUGGUUCAUCCGAUGCAGUCCGGUAGUGUUGGACAGAAGAAAAACUAGACCAUCAUAUUGACGUUUUUCGGUGGUCCAGUUCCAGUUGUGCUUUGUUUUUACUGUUUCUUGCAUUCUGAUUGGACAAACUCUCCGCGUGUACCUGCUGCUGCUAAUACUGCAGAGCUGUAUGGGUGUGUGUGUGAAUGUUCCAUCGCCUGUGCUGACUGUGUUGUGCGGAUAAAUCCGAAAAAUUGAAUGAUUUAAAUUACGUCGUAAAAUAUUUCGAAAUAGCUAAUGAUGUUAGCAUAAUUUUGAAUCAAAGUGUGGAUUUCGGAAGCUGUCGCGGCAGGUUUCAUCAAAUCGAAUCGAUUCGAAUGGUUGGGCUAAAUUCUGUUCGAGUAUAAAAUCCUAUAAGAAAAAUCGGGUCAAAUGUGUGUUAGUGUUACAGUAUGCUGGUAGCAGCCGAAGAUUGGGCAUAGGGAGGAAAAGAUUGGGCUCUGAAAAAAAAUCUAUGUGUAGAAGUGUUGCGAUGUUACGCUGUGGGAUGCUGCAAGUGUUGAAAGAGAAGCGUUUUUAGUGCAAAAUGUGCGAUUGUGUUUGUAAUUUUCAUGUAUGCCAGUUUCGGUAAGGCACCAGCAGGCUCGGCGGUCGUCGUUAGUCGCCCCUAGGGGGAGGUGAAAUGUUUCCAGUGUCAAAUUAUGAGCGCAAUUCAAUUUUCGUCAAACCAGAAGGGCGAUAGGCAUUUUUUAUUCCGUUUAUAAAAUUUUCGUUGAUUUCACGUAGCGCAGAGUAACGAGAGUUUUGUUUCAUUAAUUGCUAAAUAUUUCGAUGAAGAUAAUGCGAAACGCGAGCGAAGUGCGGGUAAAAGUUAAUUAAACAAAGUAGAGGCGUAAAUGUUAUUUUAAACAACGAGACGUGGAAGAACCGCGGAAGAAACAUCAUGUCGUCUCAUCAUCUGUACGGGGCUCUGAUUGCACUGACCUGUGUGUUGUGCUACCACAACAGCCUGAACUGUGGCUUCGUGUUCGACGACAUCAGUGCGAUCAAGGAGAACCGGGAUCUGCGGCCGCACUCGUCCAUCAAAAAUGUCUUUCUCAACGAUUUCUGGGGGACGCCGAUGCAUAAGGAGCAGAGUCAUAAAUCAUACCGGCCGCUGUGUGUGCUGACAUUCCGGUGGAACUAUCUGCUGCAUGGGCUCGAACCGGCCGGUUACCAUCUGGUGAACGUGCUGCUUCACACCGUCGUCUCGCUGAUGUACUUCCGAAUGUGCGCAACGCUCCUGUCGGAGGUGGCCAGCUUCGCAGCGGCGAUGCUGUUCGCGGUGCAUCCCAUCCACACCGAGGCGGUAACCGGAGUUGUAGGCCGUGCCGAAACGCUGUCCUCGGUGUUCUUUCUGGCGGCGUUCAUCUUUUACACCAAGGCAACCCGGCGGAAAAAAUCUACCGGCUGGCGCUAUCUCUCGGUCGCGAUAAUGUUCGUCACAACGGCGAUGCUCUGCAAGGAGCAGGGCAUCACCAUCACCGGCGUCUGUGCGAUCUAUGAAAUAUUCGUCGCCCAAAAGAUCCGCCUCGGUGACAUCUAUCACUUGGCCCGGUCGGUGAUGAGUGGAAAAUCGCUGACUCUACCGAGCGGCUGGUGGCCGCACGAGGCCACUCGACGGUUGGCCGUACUGUGCGUAGCCACCGUGGCACUUUUGUUCGCUCGAUUGCAAAUUAUGGGCUCGCAGCUACCGGUUUUCACGAGAUUCGACAAUCCAGCGUCGGUGGCUUCGACGCCAACCCGGCAACUGUCGUACAACUAUCUGGCCUCGGUCAACCUGUGGCUGCUGCUGUUUCCGUGCGAUCUGUGCUGCGAUUGGACCAUGGGUACCGUCCCGCUGGUGGAAAGUUUUGCCGACCCGCGCAAUCUAAUCACCCUGGCCGCGUACGGACUGCUCGCGGUACUGGUUUGGGUGGCCUUCGCCCAGACCGAUCGGCAAAAGUCGGCGGUGAUUGUGAUGGGGCUCGCCUUCAUGGUGCUACCAUUCCUGCCAGCCUCGAACCUGUUCUUCCCGGUCGGUUUCGUAAUCGCCGAACGGGUCCUCUACAUGCCCUCGAUGGGCUUCUGCAUGCUGGUGGCGUACGGAUUUCAACUUCUCACGGAACGGUGGUCCCGCAAACUAUCCUGGUGCUGUCUAUGCUUCCUGCUACUGAGUCACUCGAUCAAAACCUACAACCGAAACGCCGACUGGGAGUCAGAGUAUACGAUAUUCAUGUCCGGUUUGAAGGUCAAUCAGCGGAACGCUAAACUCUUCAACAACGUUGGUCACGCACUUGAGAGUGAGGGAAAGUUCGAGGAAGCGCUUCAGUUCUUCCACAAAGCCGUUAGCGUCCAGGAGGAUGACGUCGGGGCACACAUCAACGUCGGUCGUACUUACAAUCACCUCAAGAUGUUCAAAGAAGCUGAACAAGCCUACUUAAAGGCGAAAUCGCUCCUACCGAAAGCGAAACCGGGUGAAUCCUACCAGGCGAGGAUAGCACCGAAUCAUCUGAACGUGUUUCUGAAUCUAGCGAAUUUGAUCUCGAAAAAUGCCACCCGACUGGAGGAGGCGGACCUACUCUACCGUCAGGCGAUCAGCAUGCGCUCGGACUACACUCAGGCGUACAUCAAUCGGGGCGACAUUCUGAUUAAACUGAACCGAACCAAGGAAGCGCAGGAGGUGUACGAGAGGGCGUUACUGUACGACAGCACCAAUCCGGACAUCUACUAUAACCUGGGCGUUGUCUUUCUGGAACAGGGAAAAGCCUCCCAGGCACUGGCCUAUCUUGACAAGGCACUGGAGUUCGAUCCGGAACACGAGCAGGCGUUACUCAACUCAGCCAUUCUGCUGCAGGAACUGGGACGACCUGAACUACGGAAGAUUGCCCGCGAGCGGUUGCUUAAACUGCUGGCCAAGGACGAAAUCAACGAGCGCGUUCAUUUCAACCUCGGUAUGCUCGCGAUGGACGAUCGGAACACGGACGAAGCGGAAAAUUGGUUCCGUCGGGCGGUUCACCUCAAGCAGGACUUCCGUAGUGCCCUGUUCAAUCUGGCCCUGCUGCUAGCCGACGAUCACCGGCCGCUGGAAGCUGCUCCCUUCCUCAACCAGCUGGUUAAGUACCAUCCGGAUCACAUCAAGGGUCUGAUCCUGCUGGGUGAUAUCUACAUUAACAACAUAAAGGAUUUGGAUGCUGCAGAAAAUUGCUAUAAACGCAUCCUCCAGCUGGAUCCAAUCAACAUCCAGGGCCUACACAACCUGUGUGUGGUAUACGUGGAGCGAGGCAAGCUUGUACAGGCCCAGUCCUGUCUGGCGCAUGCUCACCAGCUGGCACCAGGCGAAGACUACAUCCUGCGCCAUCUGCAGAUCGUCCAAACUCGGAUAGGGCGGCUGCGGGGAACACCCGGCACAAGCCGGGAGAAAGAAAUCGCCUUUACGGAGUUCGAUCCGCGGGAGUUCGGAGGAAACCCGACGACAGCGGAAACCGACUUCCAGCAGCUCAUCGCUAGCAGCAGCAGCAGCAGUGUAAAUAUUGAAAGCGAGCCGGAAGCUGCUACCGAGGCAAGCGAUGAUGGCAGCGCUAGCACCAGCAGUAGUAGUAGUGUUAGUACUGAUAAUGAUAAACAUAAUUAUUUGGAAACAUCAUUACCUCAAACGAACGAUGCGACUGAAGGAGAAAACAGCAGUAGUAAUAUCGGGAACGAUGACAACAGCGAUCCAAUUUUUAUCGAUGCGGAGGAAACAGUUUCGUCAUCGGCUGUGGCCAGCGGAAGCCAUCAGCAGCAGAAUGCGCCUAGAUUUAGCGACGAUACGACUAGUAGCAGUAGUAGGAGUAAAAGUAGCGGUAAGAGUAGUAGUCAACCUAGUAGUGGUAGCAGUGAGGACGCUGAUUCCCAGUUUCACCGUCAUCAACAGCAACACACUCACUAUCAGCAGCAGCAACAGCAGCAUCGGAGACGAAACGCUGCGCUGCACCAGACGGAGAGCGUCGGCGGUGGUAUCAGCAGCAGUGGCAGCAGUAGUAGUAGUAGCAGUAGCAUUGACGAACCUGCGCUGGUCGGGAAGGACCUAGAUAACCCGUCGUCCGGGAUGUCAUAGCAUCAAAUGCUUAACUACAAGUUAGACUGUUUCAAAAUUAAUUAGGACUGAACUGAACUGAACCUGCACUGAUAUUAAUGAUGGUGGGAGCGUGGUGUUGUUGAUGUACGAGUGUGAGUGUGAUUACAGCAAAGAGGCAUUUUGUUAGUAAUGAUUAUUGUACCCAAAUCUGGUAUUUUCUUAUUUGAAGAUAAGAAUAUUGAAUAGGACUACAUGGAAGAAGGAUUUUAUUGCAGAUGAAUUGGAUUGGUCACGUUCCUACUACCCAGAAGGCAGCGCAUGGUACCUGUCCUAGGAUGAAGCACCAGGUGUCUCCAUUAGUAAUUUAUAAGUUCUAAUCAUUGCAAAGAAAGGAGCUGAAACGUUGUGUCCUUACCAAGCAAUCGACCAUCCAAUUCAUAUCGCUAGGUUCCCUGUUUUAAUUAACACUGUUAAGUAAUCGUAGGUUUGCCAACAAAAACAACUUUAAAACAAAACCGAUAAGCGAUCUGCCAACAGUGUAAACAUGGAACAACAAACUCGUUAAACGUUAUUGCCCAACUCUUAACGCCCUCUUAAAGACUGUUCUUUGCAUUUUUUCAAACGAGACUGGUUCACUUCCAUGGCAAUCAAAUUUAUGUUCGUAUUUUUUCCCAUAUAAGUAGCGUUAUGAGUAUCAGACUAGAUGGGCCGGGCAAGAGGAUAAGGAAGAGAAUAUAAAACAGAAACCAACACCCAUUAGAGACCAUCAACUGUCAGAAUGAAGUACGUUAAAUUGUUACUUUUAAAAUUAUUGUUAUUUAUAGCCCCAUUUGAAAGAUGAAGAUGAUGGGAGUAUAUUUAUAGUGACAACAUUUGGAACGCGCAAAGCAGUAGGCGAAAAAGAAAGGUUUGUAAUUUCAAACGCUGACAGUCUGAAAAGAACCGCCUACUGUUUAGCUAAAAUGUUUCGAACUGUUUGAUUGGCCUGCAAGAAAAUGAACGAGACAAGGUGGAAACUAGUGUAAAUAGUCGAUCGCACUUAGUGCUAGCACUCAGAAUGAGACUACCCCAAGGAGGCUGCAAGCUUCCCUCACCUUGCAGUUGGAACGAAUGAGCGUACAGUUUGGUGAGUGCGAGAUGAAUGUCGUAAUGAGUUAAGAACUGCUGUUUGUUUUAGGAGUAACAUAAAAAAAUAAAAAAAACAAAUGAGAUGAAAUGAGACGUGAUCGGAAAGAUCGAGAGAGAAAGUGAGAGUGCAGAAGUAAAAAUAAAAUAUAUAUUUUCCCACGCAUGAUUGUGCCGAUAGAAACUUAAGACACUAGUAAAAAUAAAUGAAACCCGUUAGUAUUAAAACAAUGUGCGGUGAAACGAGUGUGCAAUUAUUGGUUGGAAAAUAAAAGACACUGGCACGAGCGAACGAAAAGAAAGACAGUCAUUGAUAUUUGCUAGAUGAUAUUGUUAGGAUUUUUUAUGAUAAAAGAAAAAUGUGAUCGUCAUUGUUCUCGGUGAUGCGAAUAGCUGUACUUAAGCAAAACGAAAAAAAAGAAAUAUGUCAAAUGAUGGGAGAAAUGCAUCUCUUAUGUUUGUAUCUAUUCAUGAAGCUAGCUUUUUGUGUUAGUAGUCACGUAUUGAGAUUAAGUGCUGAAGUAAAAAGGAAAACAAAAACUCUGUGUCCCAAAAAUGUAAACAAACAGACGCAUCAUUGGUUAUGAAUUGCAACAUAUAUGUGAGACAAGGUGUAACAAAACAUCACUUCUAUUUAAACGACCUAUGAUUAUGGGAAUAAGUUUGUAGUAACUAUGUAAACUAUUAGAUACUUAUAUUUUAUUUACUGCUUACGUAUCGUUGUAUUCGGUGAUGGGUUAGCAAAGGGAGGCAAACAUUUACACGAGGCUAUCUACAAUUUUGGUUUAUAUUAUUAAAUCGAUUGGUUUAGUUCAAGCGCUAAAAACACCAAGCGUCUCCACGAAACGUACUUAAUGUAAGCGCACGGUUGAUCAUUAUGAUUCUGUUUUUUGCGCCUACGAUUAUGCAUCCGUUUGUGACAGUCCGAUCACAAUUUCAAAAUGCUACCGAAUAGUCACAAUUCUCGCUACUGUAGAUUACAUCGCCAAAUCAUAUUUUCCGAUGACGCGAAUAACCCAACAAGCGUAAACUAAUGCAAAUUUCGGUUCAGAACCCGAAUAGGUUCGCGCGAAAUCAUAUGGACUUCGUAAACAUUGAAGCAAUCAAUUCGGAUGCAAACACUGAAAUCAGCAUUAUAUUAAUAGUUCAGAUUCUAUGUCGGUUUUUAUUUCUUCUGCAAACCGUACAAAACAGAACCCGGCGUGAUUCAUCCGGCAGCAAUAAAGAUAAUUUUAGAGUCAACAUAAUUCUGGCAGGUUAAAUUGCAAACCGAAGCGAUGGCACUUUUACAGCCAAACCACACCAAAUCAUUCGAUUCGGUGAAACGAGGGCUCGUGUAAAUAUUUGCAACUCAUUUAGUUUUAUGGGAGCUGUUCGUUUAGUACCUUAAUAAUAUAUAUACGAUUCCCAUUUGCCGUUUCGAAGCGGAUAUUUUCACAGUGAUUAACGGGGAAGCCUCCUGGGAAGAGUUUAGAGGAGCGAUGGUGGGGGAAUUAAUAUGAAAAAAAGAAGCGAACCUCCGCUGGAUCUCGUCCUAUAUUUAGCGGAAAUGAGAUUUGUUAAGUUGGAGAAAUGGUGGAAAGUACUCUAUUUAAGAAAAAUAAAUGAA